AUAAGUUAGACAAGAUGGAAGGUCAGGAGCGAAACCUGAGGAACGUGUUUGUCACUGGCUGUAAUCGAGGAAUAGGACUCGAGUUUGUCAAGCAGUUUCUUCACCUUCCAAAACCUCCUCAAAAUAUAUUCGCCACUUGUAGAGCUUUGCAGCAUGAAGAAUCUCAAGAACUCCGGAAUCUCACUCAAGAACAUCCCAACUUACACCUUCUGCAGCUAGAUGUGACCAAUGAAGAAGAUAUUGCAAAAGUUGCAGCUGAAGUCGGUAAAGUCUUAGGAGAAGAGGGCUUGAACUUGGUCAUUAACAAUGCUGGGUUGUAUUUGGCAGAAGAUCUAAAGGAUGUUACAGCAGAUCAUAUGAUGCAAGCAUUUCAAACUAACACCGUAGGCCCUCUGAUGAUCAUAAAAGCGUUGCUUCCAUUCUUGAAGCCGCGAGCAGCACUAGAAGACCCGACUAGUGGUGUACCUAAUAAGGCAGUCAUCGUGAACCUUUCUUCAAGGACUGCGUCUGUUGCUGACAACACCUCUGGUAAAAUGUAUCCUUCACGAGCAAGCAAAGCCGCUCUCAACAUCAUUACAAAGUCACUGAGUGUGGAUUUGAAGCCCGACGGUAUAACUGCGAUAGUUAUAAAUCCAGGGUGGGUGAAGACACGUGCUGGGGGGGCAAACGCUUUGAUCACAACACAAGAAAGUGUUUCAGGGAUGAUGAGAGUUAUCUCAUCUUUAGAUCAGAGUAAAACUGGCAUGUUCUUCGAUUACAAAGGAGAAAUUGUUCCAUGGUAAGAAAGUACUUCAUUUCUAGCUAUUCCUUUCAAUUUUUGACACUCAUUGACACUUUAAUAAACUAAUGGACACUAAAGGCAUUAAAGGCACCUGUUGUAGCAAUAACCAGACAAAGAAUACAAAAACACUCAUUAAAAAAACUUUGGUAUGUGACAUGUAAAAGCAAAAACAAAGAUUUCAGGUAACCGUUUGACCCUGUCAUCACAACUGAGGACAGAAUUUAGUAAAUUACAUAUCCAACUCAGAAAAAAGGCAAAUUUACAUUCUCAAUAUUCCUGCACCAGUUUAAUAUGCGCAAAGUGAACCUCUUCGAGGUUCAUCCCUAAAAUUGGCCCAUUACUUUUUGACCACCUCCCACCCCUCUUCUUAAUCCUAGACCCACGACAACGGUGGAUAAUAUAUGCAGUGCUGUCCUCGAAGUGCAGGGUAAAAGGGAAUACAAAUCAAGGGGGGGCUAGGUUAAAAAUACAAACAGAAAUCUGGAAAUACAUGUAUAUCAAAACAAGUAUUAAACUAUUAAAAUUUUA